UUUGCGUGGUGCACUGGAUGUGGAGAGAUUUCGUGCAAGAGAAAUCUUUAUUUCGUGUGUUAUCAUAAAGUCCUUUAUUAUCUAAUACUUUUUAAAUUUAUGGAUUUAGUAGAACAAAGAGUACAAUAUGAAGUUCCAAAUUGCUUUGAUGACGAAGUUGUAUAUGGUGACAAGUUACUGGUCAAUCGAAAACGUCGUUGUAUUGUUUUGGCGCGUAAUUUGAAAUUAUAUGAAUUUUGCCAGAAACAACUUGUUAACAGCAUUGAUUUGUCUGAGACUUGCUUGAAAAAGGUUGGUAAAAAUGUGCAAGACUACAAAGGGCCAAAAGGAAAAUGGUUUAAAAGUGUUGGCACUCGAAGUGGAGAAUCUUUCGGCAGCACAGUAAAACCAAUGGGGCUAAUGGAAACUUCAGAACUACAGAAUUCUGUCCUACUGGAAGAGAAACCCAUUGCUAAUGUAAAUAUUACCUUUGGAAAAUAUGUUUACAGAAAUUUUGAUGUCAACAAAGUAUAUUUGUUAAUACAUUGUUGGGAUAAAUUGGUAGUAGUUGACCUACCUGAUUAUAGCUUUAUAACAGAGAACGAAGGUGUUCAAAGUUUUCGAAUAGUACAUGGUAAAGGAAAGUUUGAAGCUAUGCUGGAGAUGCAAUUUGAAAAUGGUGAAACCCAAUGCACGGACUUUCAAAGACAUGAAAAGUUGGUGAACCGAACAUCUCCUUGUAACAUUGCUAGUGAUAGGACUAGUUUAAAACAGCUGCUGGAACGAGCACGGUGCUCCCAGGCAGAACUUCAACUGCAUAAGUCGAUCACGCAGAAAGAAUUUGAUGUAUUACGUGAUGAGAAAACGUUUGGCUGUAACUAUAUUCGGAGUGAUCAGUUAGAGGAAAAACACAUGAUUUCCCGGUGUGGUGACAUUUGGUUACGAUUCGUAACAAAUGAUACUAUGGUUUUUGGUGUGCCACUGAUUGAAGAUGAAGAAUUACGAACCGCUGCACAGCCUUGGGUGAAUUGUGAAUUACCGCAAUUGCUGCCAGCUUCCUUUGCUGUACUAUUAAUUGGCAUAAAAACUUCCCAAAUACUUCUAGUCGAGAACUGUCCUUUACUUUUAUAUUUUGAAGUCGAAAAAGAACUACCACGUCGUCAUGAUCAUCACAUGAAAACCGUUAUUUAUGAGCAACAUCUUUUUUUGAAAUCUUUAAAAAUUUCGCAUAUACUUCUCAACCGGGCGAAACAUGAACUUAAUUUUAGUUCAACGAGUUUUCAUCAGGACUUCCUGGCUACUGCAUUUAUAAACAAAGAGGCAACUCUCCGCAUCCAAUUCGCUUCUGUGCCAAAUGCUUCUAUAUUCGAGCAAUUAAUUGCUGAACAAUUUAAUUUCAAUAAAGUUGAAAGAAAAUUAACUCCUCAUGGAUAUAAAGCUAACAAUGAAAAUGCAUCUGAGUCAGAACAAGUGAAAGAUAAGUUAAUUCGAAAACCUUUUGUUUUGAGCAUAUUUUUUAACAAAGAUCCUACGUCGCUGUGGUUUGGUUCUAUGAUUUUACAAACAAUUUCAGAUGUUGAAGAUAUUCAAACCUGGAAACUAUAUUUAUACAACAAAGAAAAGACAUUCGUUUGCUUGAAAUUGCUGUUCAAUGAGCUCAUGAUGGUUAAUUGCCAGAUCAAACACAUGGAAUAUUUCGACAAAACACAUGAUACCACUGAUAGUUCUUUUCUCAGAAUUAAAAAUGCGCUUAUUGGUGAAUACGAGAGUUUGAAACAUUUGAACGAUCGCACUGAUGCGGAUGAGAAGAAAAAAAUGUUUGAAAAAUUGAUGAAAGCCCAAAUUAAUUCGGAUAUAUUGGUAACAAGUGUGACGUGAUUGGAAAAGGUUAAGGCGUGCGUUGACUAUGUAUUUAUAGAUAAGAAUAUUUUGUACAUACCUAUAAAGAGCUUAACAUUUUUUGAUAUUAUACUCUGCCAAUCAUCACAAUAAAACACUUAGUAAUUGGUUAACGAAUGUGAAUUAA